AUGGAAAUGCCAGCUCUAAGAAUUGCGGGCAUAGACCAGAGCGAGGAGGAAGGAGAGAUGGCGUUGAGGAUUUCAAGUAGUAGCUUUAAGCUUGAAAGGUUCGAUGAGAAGAAUCCAAGAGAAGAAUCUAAAUGUGAAGAGAGAAAGAAGAAGGUGAAAACUGAGAGGCUCCAAAUUGCACUACUCUUGCUCAAAUUUCUGGCUUCACAAGAUUGUGGUUUGGAGGGGUGGAAAGCUUUAUACUCAUCAGGUGGGGAUAGAUGGGGAAGGACUAAUAAUGAAUCACGAAGUGAGAAAUCAAAAUCAGCAGUUUGUAAGUGGGCACGAAUAGGUAGAAUGGCUGCAAAGGUGGGAAAAGGUUUGUCCAAGGAUGACAAGGGCCAGAAGUUAGCUCUGAGACACUGGCUUGAAGUUAUAGACACCCAUCAUCGUUAUGGACACAACCUGCAGUUCUACUACAAUGUUUGGGUUCGUAGCCAAAGUGCUCAACCAUUUUUUCACUGGUUGGAUGAUGGAGAUGGCAAAGAUUUGGACCUGGAGAAGUGCCCAAGAAGUGAAUUACAAAGACAGUGCAUUCACUACUGCAAACCUGAAGAGAGGAGAGCAUAUGAAGUGAUAAUAAGAAAAGGUAAGCUUGUGUACAGGAAAAGCAAUGUUCCUGUACACACACCUGAGGGAUCAAAGUGGAUAUUUGUACUCAGCACUUCCAGAACGUUGUACAUUGCUGAGAAGAAGAAAGGCUUUUUUCAUCACUCCAGUUUUCUUGCUGGUGGUGCCACCAUUGCUUCUGGUAGACUGGUUGCUUCCCAUGGAGUCCUUCAUGCUAUAUGGCCCUAUAGUGGUCAUUAUUGCCCAACGGAGAAGCAUUUUCAGGAAUUCAUUAACUUCUUGAAAAAGCAUAAGGUGGACUUCACAAAUGUGAAGACGUAUGCAGUGGAUGAUGAUGUGCCUCCAUCAAAACCAGUUGUAGACGAGGAAUUACAGGGUGAUUGCAGAGUUGAUGAUAAUAAUGUUAAUGGCAGUCAUCAAAGGGAAGAAGCCAUCAUUGUGGAAUCUUCUUCACAGGUGAAAGAGAAGAAGCCAUUAUUAGUAGUGUCAAGCAAAAGGACAGCUUGUGUUGGUCCAAGAAUUAAUGGUUAUGGAAGAGACCAUCAUCGUCAUCAACAUCAGUACCCUAUAUCUAUAAAAGUGCCACCAGUUGCAGAAUUUGAAAACCUACAUAUAUCAGCUAGAGUCAACGUUAGCCAUGGAAAAGUAUGCAGAAAAGCUUCCAUACCUAUACCUUCUCCUGCAAGUGUCGCCCCAAAACUCCAUUUAUCUUCGUCACCUGAUCAGAUUGUGCGUAUGGAACAUCCCGCUCCAAGGCUACGUGUUCCUGCAAAUUAG